UAAAAACGUAUAAAGCCUUCUUUCUUUCCUUCACCCUGGCCUGUUGGGUGGGUGGUAUCUUCUUUGCAUAGUGAAGGAAGGAAGGGCCUUUAAGUGGUAAAACAAGUGGUAAAACGCACGUUCUCAUUUGAACUUUUCUGUUCCGCCGGUCUGGGUUAAUAAUAAUAAAUAGCAUAGUGAAGAAAGGAAGGGCCUUUAAGUGGUUCUAAGUAAAAGGAAUGUUGGUUGGUUCAAAUGCCUCUGUACCACUCCGCAAAGUACAUAGGAUUCAAUUUGGAGUUUUAGGCCCCGAUGAAAUUAAAGAACGCUCUCGCUGUAGAAUUGAGUACGCAGAAACUCUAGAAGGUGGCAAAGUUAAAGUAGGGGGCCUCUGCGACUUACGUAUGGGCGCUUUUGAAAAAGGACAAGUUUGCCAAACGUGUGAAUGCACCAACAUAGAGUGCCCAGGCCACUUUGGACAUAUAGAAUUGGAAAAACCUAUUUAUCAUGUUGGUUUUUUGGAAACCUUGGUGAAAAUACUUAAUUGUAUCUGCUUUAACUGCUCAAAAUUUACUUGUGAAGAGGAAGAUGAUAAGUUUAAAGCUGCUAAAAGAAUACUGGACAAAUCUAUGCGACUACGCCGACUUGUUGAGGCCAGCAGCGGAGAGAAAAGAAUUUGCUCACGGGCUGAUGGCUGCGGACAUAUUCAACCUCUUCGAAUCCGCAAAGAACUGCUCACAAUUGUAGUAGAGCGUAAGGAGAGUGACGAGCCUGCGGAAAAAAGGAAAAGCGAACUUUCUGCGGAGGAGGCUUAUAAAAUACUUAAAAACAUCAGUGACGAGGACGCUGUUAUUCUCGGUUUUAAUCCGACUUACGCACGGCCUGAGUGGAUGAUUGUGACUGUCUUGCCCGUUCCCCCUCUAAGCGUUCGUCCUCCUAUUGCUAUGGACACGACUUCUAUCGCACAGGACGACCUCACACAUGCUUUGAGUCAGAUCGUUGACGCUAAUAAUCAACUUCGGAAGUUGAGGCAGAGCGGUUCUCCUGCACUUGUAGUCAACGAGGCACUGUCGAGAUUGCAAAUCGUUCACGCUACUUAUAUAGACAACGAGUUAAAUGGUAUCAAGUCACAGCAAAGGUCCGGACGCCCUCUGAGAACUUUGAGGCAAAGACUGAAAGCAAAAGAAGGCCGCAUUCGAUCCAACCUUAUGGGAAAGCGCGUGGACUUCAGCGCCCGCACUGUUAUCACUCCCGAUCCUAACCUUAGUAUCAACCAAGUUGGCGUCCCGAGGUCGAUAGCCAGAACGUUAACUUAUCCUGAGGUGGUCACCCCUUUCAAUAUUGAAAGACUGCAAGAACUUGUGCGGAGGGGCCCUGAAGAGUAUCCUGGCGCGGUGACGGUCAUCCGAAGCAACGGCGGUCGUCUGCAGUUGGCUAUAUCCAAGAGACAAAUCAAUUUGGAGAUAGGAGAGAUCGUGGAGCGGCACAUGGUCGAUGACGACCUCGUAAUCUUUAACCGGCAGCCGUCUUUGCAUAAGAUGAGCAUGAUGGGCCACCGGGUCAAGGUCCUCCCUUGGUCCACGUUCCGUUUGAAUCUCGUUGUUACGACACCCUACAAUGCGGACUUUGAUGGGGAUGAAAUGAAUCUACACCUUGCACAGACUUUCGGCGGGCGCGCAGAAAUCGAAAACUUGAUGAUGGUCCCCCAGCAGAUUGUCACUCCGCAGUCAAAUAAGCCUGUCAUGGGUAUAGUCCAGGACACUCUGACGGCUGCUCGAAAGCUUACAAGAAGAGACUGCUUCGUUGAAUUGGAUGACGUAAUGAACCUUCUGCUUUUUGUUCCAUCGUGGAACGGAAAAAUCCCGGCACCGUGCAUUUUGAAGCCCAAGCCCUUGUGGUCUGGCAAACAGUUGUUUUCCCUUCUUAUCCCGCAGCAAACCAACUACGAGGAUAAAGAUAAAAUCACGUCGGAGGAAAGUAAAAGUCGCCAGUUAAUGCUGAGAUCGCCUUCAGAUACGCGCGUGUUGGUAAGAAAUGGCGAGUUGCUGAUGGGCUGCAUCACGAAGAGGGUCGUGGGAGCUUCUGCCGGCUCACUUAUUCACGUUAUCUACAAAGAGCAUGGUCCGGAAAUAUGCCGAUUGUUUUUUGAUUACACCCAAAAGUUGGUUAAUAAUUGGCUUAUUAUUGGCGGCCACUCCAUGAGCAUAUCUGACAUUGUGGUGCCUGAAGACUUGAGCCGUACAAUUGCUGAGAAACUGGAAGACUCCAAAAAGAAAGUUUCGCGAAUAAUCGAAGACGCCGUUCUCGAAAAGCUGCGACCCACCCCUGGAAACAACUUUCGCCAGACAUUUGAAAACAAGGUGAACGGCGUAUUAAACCAGGCUCGUGAGACAGUCGGUAAGAAAGCGGAAAAGGCUCUUUCCGAGUUCAACAACAUGAAGGCGAUGGUUGUCUCCGGGGCUAAGGGCUCUUACUUAAACGUCUCGCAGAUGAUCGCCUGCGUGGGCCAACAGAACGUGGAGGGCAACCGGAUCCCUUUUGGCUUUGUCUACAGGACGCUUCCUCAUUUCAUGAAGGACGACUAUGGCCCCGAGAGCCGCGGCUUCGUGGAGCACUCGUACGUGGCGGGGCUUUUGCCUUCCGAAUUCUUCUUCCACGCUAUGGCGGGGCGCGAAGGCCUAAUCGAUACUGCUGUGAAAACGGCCGAAACAGGGUACAUUCAGCGGCGCCUGAUCAAGGCAAUGGAGGACGUCAUGGUGAAAUACGAUGGGACUGUUCGAAAUUCGGGCGGUCAAAUCAUUCAGUUUCUCUACGGCGAGGAUGGUAUGGAUGGUGCACAUAUGGAAAAGCAAUAUCUGAGUAGCGUGGGAAAAAAUAACGAAGCUUUUCGUAGCAUGUAUCACAUUGAUAUCACGGAAACAAAUGAGUUAAAGAAAAUUCUUACUCAUGAUAUAGUCGAUGAUCUUCUUCACAAUAUUGAAGUUCAGGCCAUGCUAAACGAAGAGUACCGCCUACUCUCUGCAGAUCGGCGUGAACUUCGCCGCAUAUUUCCGGACGGAAGGGAGGAUGUCUACCUUCCCGUCAAUUUGUUUCGACUUAUUUUAAACGCUAAAAAGCUACACAAGAUACAAGACAAACGUCCCUCUGAUCUUCACCCCUCCAAAAUAAUCGAAGGGUUACGCCAGCUUUGUAACAAUCUCCUGGUCAUUCCUGGGAAGGACAGAAUAAGCAUUGACGCACAGGAGUCGGCUACCGCUCUCUUUAAGAUGCAUCUGCGCGAAUAUCUUUGCUCUAAACGGGUUCUCUUCGAGCAUAAACUGACGUCUAAAGCCUUUGAUUGGGUCAUCACCAACGUGGAGAGGAAAUUUCGCCUCGCUAAGUGCCAUUCCGGAGAAAUGGUGGGGGCGUUAGCCGCGCAGAGUAUUGGCGAGCCUGCAACGCAAAUGACAUUAAACACUUUUCACUUUACGGGGAUAUCUUCGAAGAACGCCACCCUCGGAGUUCCCCGUUUGAAAGAACUUAUUAACGUCGCAAAGACAAUUAAGACGCCAUCACUCACCGUAUUUCUCAAAGAACCGCAUUGCAUGGAGGAGGAGCUCGUGUCCGACCUCGUCCGCGUGAUGACCCACACCACUCUGCAGUCGCUUACCGAUAGCACAGAAAUCUACUACGAUCCGGACUUUAGGAGUUCCAUCAUUCCAGAGGACCAGCGCUUGGUGGAAAACUUCUGGGACUGUCCGACAGAUGGCAUCGAGGCUCGUGCCGACCAGAUCUCACCUUGGGUGCUGCGCAUUGUGCUGAAUGUAGACGCUGUGCUGAAUGCUAAGAUCUACAUGGACACGAUCCAGGACAAAAUCCUAGAGUUUGGCGAAUCAGAUUUGGUGUGCAUGAUCGACACUAACCGCUCCCACCCCGUGAUCCACAUUCGUUUACUAAAUGAAGGCUCUGUUUCUCUACACGAUGACAGUGUAUUGAGAGACCUGGAGCAGCUGCUUCUCUCCAAGCUAACUAUUCAAGGCAUCGAAGGCAUUUCCCAGGUUUACAUUAUGAAAAAAGAGUACCACUACUAUCCGGAUAGCGAGCAGGGAGAAAAGAGAUUUAGAAAAGAGUUCUUCUUUGAAACUGACGGCGUAAAUUUACUGGAAGUCAUGGGAAACCCAAAUGUAGUUGCCAGUAAAUGCCGCUCUAACUUUAUCCUUGAAAUUAUGGACGUGCUUGGCAUCGAAGCCGUCCGAGAAUCCCUUUUCAAAGAGUUGCACAUGGUCAUCUCCUUUGACGGCGCUUAUGUUAAUUACCGUCACUUGGCCCUGCUUUGCGACGUCAUGACUUUUCGGGGUAGCUUAAUGGCCAUCACAAGACACGGCAUUAAUCGUUCGGACUCGGCUGGACCAAUUACCAAGUGUUCUUUUGAAGAAACUGUUGAAAUCUUAAUGGAGGCAGCUUGCCACGCUGAGGUUAACUAUAUGCACGGAGUCUCCGAGAAUGUUUUUAUGGGUCAGCUCUGUCCCCUGGGGACGGGCGAGUGUGAGCUUUACCUCGAUGAGGAGAUGCUUGAAGAGUCCAUUGAACACCAACCUACUUACCUGGACAUAAACUUUUCCACUAAGUUUGGCCCCCUGGACUCUAUGCAGACUCCCGCGCUCCAUACUCCGUGGUAUCCCCUGAGCCCGGGGCUAUCCCCUCUUCACGGCGGACUUUUGUCCCCGUUGGCGGGCACUUCCACUUUUUCCCCACCUUGGGAUGGAGAGCAGAGUUAUUUGGGUGUUUCAAGCCCCUCGAGUUAUUCUCCAUACAGUUCCUCUCCGUACUCACCGGUGUCACCGCUCUACACGCCAACCAGCCCGCAGUCUACUUACACGUCCAUCUCUUCUCCCUAUUCACCGACAUCUCCUUCGUAUUCUCCGACGACUCCAUCCUACUCGCCGACAUCUCCAGCGUACACGCCCACUUCGCCUGCGUACUCUCCUACCUCUCCUUUCUAUUCGCCGACCUCCCCUUCUUACUCUCCCACGUCCCCGUCCUAUUCACCAACCUCACCCGCUUAUUCGCCAACUUCUCCCAGCUAUUCACCGACCUCACCUGCCUAUUCUCCAACUUCACCUGCCUAUUCGCCAACGUCUCCGUCUUACUCACCCACGUCUCCCAGUUAUUCGCCAACGUCUCCGUCUUACUCGCCCACGUCUCCCAGUUAUUCGCCUACGUCCCCUUCUUAUUCGCCCACGUCUCCCAGUUAUUCGCCUACGUCCCCGUCUUACUCACCCACGUCUCCCAGUUAUUCGCCAACGUCCCCGUCUUACUCACCUACUUCUCCCAGUUAUUCGCCUACGUCCCCUUCUUAUUCGCCCACGUCUCCCAGUUAUUCGCCUACGUCCCCUUCCUAUUCGCCCACGUCUCCGUCCUACUCACCGAGCUCCCCCUCCUAUUCGCCCACAUCCCCCUCAUACUCUCCCACAUCUCCUAGCUACUCACCUGCGACCCCCUCCUACUCAUCCUCCUCUACGCUUUACUCAACAACUUCGCCUGCCUAUUCCCCGUCAUCUCCUUUGUACUCACCAUCAUCUCCUUCAUAUACACCGUCAACCCCUUUUUACUCACCAACAUCACCUACUUACUCGCCAACGCUACCUUUUUCUCCUCACUCUCCCCUACAACAGCAGCAAUCUUCUAAGAAGUUGAGCAGAGAUGAAAAGUUUACUAAAAAGUGAUAUUUUUAGGAAGAAAAAAUGGCAUUAUUUUAAUGGUGGAUUAACUGUGUAAAUUUACUUGAAAUAAUAUUUUUUAAUUCUU